AGGUGACAGGUGUUUUGUAGACACCCACCUCCGCCAGGUAAAAAUGGCGGGAACCGCAGAAAGACGCACUCGCCAGGACCUCUAUCUAGAAAUCUCGAGAGAUCUUACGGACGACGAUGUUCGCAACAUUCGCACGUACAUCGGAGGAGAGAAAGUGUUGCCGGCGGGUUCAAUCCAGCACGACACGGCCCACCAGAUGUUCAACAAACUACAGCGCAAGGGAGUGUUAAAACAGGGAGAGCUUUCGUUUUUGGUGAAACUAAUGAAGAGCAUCGACAGAAACGACUAUGCCGACGCAGCCGAGGCGAUCGCUGAGCAAGAAAGAGAAGCUCUUGGGGAGAGGACUAGUACUGUCCAACAAAACGACAACAGUCCCUGUGCGCUUCCAACCAGUGUCACCGGCAAACAACGAAGCGCAAAGAGGAAGAAUAGCAACGAGAAACCUUACAGUCGCCCAAGCGUUACUCAAACUGCCGCGGAAGACUUAGAAGAUCUGAUCACCAGGAACCGCGUCCUGCUGACGAAGAGGCUCCAAGUGUCGGACCUGUUCCCACUUCUCAUCCAGAAAGGCCUGCUGCAGAUUCACGAGAAGGAGGACAUCAGCAGCAGAACAACCGGUCGGGGACGGGCGGAGACUCUCCUGGACCUUCUCAGUCAGCAGGGGAAAUGUACAUGCGAAGAGUUCAAAGAGGUCCUAACGUCUGGGAAUCACGACCAUAUUGUUGGCCAACUGAAAUGAAUAGAACACCGUAAAAAGUACCUUACAAAAUAGACAGUGUUUAUUAUGUUUCGAUUUCGUAAGGGUCAAAAUUAGCGUUACGUCUAUAUUAUCCAGAUUUGUAUCUCAUAUUAUAUGGUUUCAAUUUGAUUCAAUCUUUUAAUUCAAACGUGCAUGCUUGUCUUGAAAAUUCAACAAUGUAGUAAACAUAUCUUCAAAGAUUAGUCACUUUUUAGUGGUUUUCUUGCAACACUGAACAGCUCAUGAUUCUUCCUAGUUACUUUUUUUUAU